AUGGAGGCACUUUACCAUCAAACCAGUCAACUAAUCCAGGAUACCUCUGAUUUAUUCCAUAAACUUGAUAAUGAUACGAAUCCAGAACAACUAGAAAAUGAUAUACAAUCCAAGAUUAAUGCAAUUAAUGGCAAUUGUGAGAAGCUUGAUAUCUUGGUAUUCAAAACCCCAAUAAAUCAGAGGCCUAUGGCAAAAAUGCGAGUGGACCAAUUAAAAUAUGACAAUAGACAUAUACAGGCAUCACUAAUAAAUGCCCAAAAUAAAAGACGUAGAAGAGAACAAGAGAAGUCUGAAAGAGAGCAACUAUUAAGUCGGCGUUUUGGUAAUGAUCACAUGGCAAUAACUGUAGACUAUACAGCUCAAGAAAAUGCCUCCUUACAGAAUUCACAUAGAAAUGUUGAUGAAAUGAUACAUACAGGUUCUAGUAUCUUGGAGACACUGCGGUACAACCGUGACACGCUAAAAGGCGCGCACAGGCGGCUGAUAGACCUGGCUAAUACCUUAGGCUUGUCAAACGCCACAAUAUCAUUAAUUGAGAAGCGAGUCUCCCAGGACAAAUAUAUUCUCUUUGGUGGAAUGUUCGUUACGCUGACUGUGAUCGUACUUGUCGUUAUGUAUCUAGUAUAA